CCCCGCCCCUGCCUGCGCGCGCCGCCUCCUCCUCCUCCCCCCUCCCUCCCUGAUCGCGGAGCCUCAGUGCGAGGGCUCGGAGGGAGGGGCCGGGCGGGGAGGGAAAGGAAAGGAAAGAAGGGGGCGAGGGAGCCGCCGGGGCCGCCAUAUGCUCCGAAUCGCGCCCGAGCAGACCCCGCUGGAGCCCUGCCCCUGAGAGGCCUCUCGAUGGGCAGCUCCCACUUGCUCAACAAGGGCCUGCCGCUCGAAAAAGGAGAAUUCGAGCAUUUGUUUUGAGGAAAAAAGGAAAAUUAAAGAAUUACAUGGACUUUGCAAACAGAUGUUAGAAAAUGAAAGUAAAAAAUUGAAUUCGACCCAAGAUUCAGAGGUUGCAGUGACUAAGAAGUUUAAAAGCUUUGGUUCAAGAUUGCAGGAGACUGAAUGAAAAGUUAAAGACAUGUUGCUGUAUUACCUUCCAAGCUGAAGAUUCUAAAUAGCUGAGAAGUUGAAUUAAUGACACAGAAACUGAAAUCCAAUUUAAGAAAUGUCAGGCAUUCGACCACCAAUCAUGAAUGGGCCUAUGCACCCACGCCCUUUGGUCGCACUGUUGGAUGGCAGAGAUUGUACAGUAGAAAUGCCAAUCCUGAAAGAUGUAGCCACAGUGGCAUUUUGUGAUGCACAAUCCACACAGGAAAUUCAUGAAAAGGUACUGAAUGAAGCAGUGGGUGCUCUGAUGUAUCACACCAUCACUUUAACUCGUGAAGAUCUGGAGAAGUUUAAAGCACUUCGAAUAAUUGUUCGAAUUGGAAGCGGCUUUGAUAACAUUGAUAUUAAAUCUGCUGGUGAUUUAGGGAUUGCAGUGUGUAAUGUUCCAGCUGCCUCAGUGGAAGAGACAGCAGAUUCUACGAUGUGCCACAUCUUGAACCUCUACAGAAGAACCACCUGGCUUCAUCAGGCCUUGCGAGAAGGAACAAGAGUGCAGAGCGUGGAACAGAUCCGGGAAGUUGCUUCUGGAGCUGCAAGAAUUAGAGGAGAGACCCUGGGCAUUAUUGGGUUAGGUCGUGUUGGGCAAGCAGUUGCACUACGUGCAAAGGCUUUUGGUUUCAAUGUCAUUUUCUAUGACCCAUACCUCUCAGAUGGCAUUGAACGUGCACUUGGACUUCAGCGGGUGAACACUUUGCAAGAUCUGCUCUUUCACAGUGAUUGUGUCACUCUCCAUUGCAGCCUAAAUGAACACAAUCAUCAUCUUAUUAAUGACUUCACCAUUAAACAGAUGAGACAAGGGGCCUUCCUUGUUAACACAGCUCGAGGAGGACUAGUAGAUGAAAAAGCACUUGCACAAGCCCUGAAGGAAGGCAGGAUACGAGGGGCAGCCUUGGAUGUACAUGAGUCAGAACCAUUCAGUUUUAGCCAGGGUCCUUUGAAGGAUGCACCAAAUCUGAUCUGUACUCCACAUGCUGCUUGGUACAGUGAACAAGCCUCGAUAGAGAUGCGAGAGGAAGCUGCACGGGAGAUUCGGAGAGCCAUCACAGGCCGGAUUCCAGACAGCCUGAAAAAUUGUGUUAACAAAGAACACUUGACUGCAGCUACACAUUGGGCCAGCAUGGAUCCAGGAGUUGUUCAUCCAGAGCUUAAUGGUGGUGCCUACAGCAGGUAUCCCCCUGGGGUUGUAAGUGUGGCGCCACCGGGCAUCCCUGCAGCCGUCGAAGGAAUCGUCCCCAAUGCCAUGUCCUUAUCGCAUGGGCUCCCACCCGUCGCACAUCCUCCCCAUGCUCCGUCUCCUGGCCAAACAGUCAAACCAGAAGCUGAUAGAGACCACCCAAGUGACCAAUUGUAGCCUAAGAGAACAUCAUUCCCAAUGUUGGCAGUUACCACUUUGGAAGCCAGUGUGUGGAAAAUCAUUUGGACUUUGAAUAGAUGCAAAACCACAAACGGAUGGAGGAGGCCAUAUAUGUUUUAGAAACUGGUCCAGUAUGCAGUAUAAAGCAAAACAGCGUGGAGAGAUGGAAAGAAGAUUCAAAAACUUUUAUUCCUCCAUAUAAAAUGUAGUUUGUCCCUGUCCAGUGACCUGAUUCACUGUUUUGUGUCCUAUUGGGUUCUUUGUUAAGCCAGAGAAGUUAGUAGUUAAUUAUAUAAUGAAUGUACUUGUCUGUGUACAGUUUUUAGAACAUUAACAAGGGUUUGUUUGCUUAGUGGUCAACAAGAAAAAAAAACAACCAUAAGGGAGGCAUUCGACAAACCAAUUUUGAGAUUUGAGAUCCUUUGUUUUUUAUAUGUUUAAAAAUGCCUAAAAAUGAGGCAGUUGGUGAACUUCUCAGGACAACGAUUUUAUCCCAUUUUUCUUUCUAUGCCACGCAGUGCAUUGUUUUUUCUACCUUCUUGUCUUAUUUUUUUAGAAUAAUUUAAUAAAAUAAAAACAGUUUUUUUUCUUAAUUUUGGCACAAAUUUCCCUUAUUUCAGAAUGAAGACAUUUCAAAGAGAUUUUGAGGAGGAAAUAAAGGUUUUGUAUAAACAAGCAUCAUGCAUUAAAGUAUAUAUUAUUGGUGGGAUGCAGCGAAAGAAAGAGAGACUGAAAGAGGCACUAGACUACUGAAAAGUAGCAGCAUUUCAUUGCCUACAUGGAUUCUUUCCUGGUAAUGUGGUAGGCUAGCAAUAUUUUGGGUUAAAAUCAUGUUUGUGACUGUAUCCAUUUGUAUGAAUUAUUUUAAAGAAAUAAAAAUUCCAAACCAAUAUUA